UCUUGAAUAUUGCAAAUUUAUAAAGAAAUAUUCUCAAAAGUUGUUGAAAAUUAUUAUUGAUGGCGUAAUCCUAGCGUUAAAAGUGAUUAUUCAUAUGCGUACUUGGUUAAAUAAUAUAUAAACCAUGCAUUUGUAUAAGUUUGUUGUUUAUUUGCUUUUGCUUGCUACUUGCGUUUUCGUAGGAAGUACCAUCAGUGAUGCAGGCACUAGCGACACAGAUGAAAACGCAAAUUCGCUAAUCAGUAGUAACAUAAGUACGAAUGCUACAAUACAGUCACCUCAAUUGGCUGCUAAUCAAACUCCAACCGCGAGUCAGAAUGUAGUUGGAGGCAAUAAUGGCACACAGAGUAUGGCAUCGACAGAAGGAAAGAGUGCUGUACAAGUGAAUUCUACCAACAACAAUCAAUUAAAUAUUAUUACAAAUGCCAGCAUAUCAGACUCACCGAUUAAAAGCUCAAAUGUCACAAACGCUCUUCCGGCAAAUACGACUAGAACUAGCACAUUGGCACCCGGAAACAAUACGCAAAAUGUCACAACACCCACUGCAGAUCCGCCACUACCAGAUCAACACGCUGUAGAGCAGGAACACAAUUCUUCGUUAUCAAUUUUCUUCGUCAUCUGCGUCAUUAUGUUGGGCAUUUUGCUCAUACAUUCAAUGUUGCAAACGGGAUUCCAAUAUUUGCCAGAAAGUAUUGUAGUCGUCUUCUUAGGCGCACUAAUUGGACUUUUGCUGAAGGUUAUGUCGGCUGAGAAUGCCAGUUGGAAACGUGAGGAGGUAUUUUCGCCAACGGGAUUCUUUUUGGUUCUAUUGCCACCGAUAAUCUUUGAAUCAGGUUAUAAUUUGCAUAAGGGCAAUUUCUUCCAAAACAUUGGCUCAAUUUUAGUAUUUGCAAUUUUUGGUACAACAAUCUCAGCUUUGGUUAUCGGCGCCGGUUGUUAUCUACUAGGUGUAGCAGAGGUCGCAUAUAGGCUCGACUUUUCUGAAUCGUUUGCAUUCGGCUCGCUGAUAUCGGCUGUGGACCCAGUAGCAACUGUUGCCAUAUUCCACGCACUGGAUGUAGAUCCAAUUUUGAACAUGUUGGUGUUUGGUGAGAGUAUACUAAAUGAUGCCAUUUCGAUUGUGCUCACAACCUCAAUCACACAGUCCGCCAAUAUACAAGCCACAACUGGCCAGGAAAUCUUUUCAGCCCUUAAGACAUUUUGUGAAAUGUUUUUCGCUUCUGCUGGCAUCGGCGUAAUUUUCGCACUAAUAUCUGCACUACUCUUAAAGCAUGUUGAUCUACGUAAACAUCCAUCACUGGAAUUUGCUAUGAUGUUAAUGUUCACCUAUGCUCCUUAUGUAUUAGCUGAAGGUAUACAUCUCAGUGGAAUCAUGGCCAUACUAUUCUGCGGUAUUGUGAUGUCGCAUUAUACACAUUUCAACCUCUCUACUGUCACACAGAUAACAAUGCAACAAACAAUGCGUACACUCUCCUUCAUCGCUGAAACUUGUGUCUUUGCUUACUUGGGCUUGGCUAUAUUCUCCUUCAAGCAUCAAGUGGAACUUUCUUUUGUGAUUUGGUCGAUUGUUCUGUGUCUUAUAGGGCGUGCAUGCAACAUAUUUCCAUUGGCAUUCUUGGUUAAUAAAUUCCGCGAACACAAAAUUACCAACAAAAUGCAGUUCAUCAUGUGGUUUUCGGGUUUGCGAGGCGCCAUUUCCUAUGCGCUAUCUUUACAUUUGGAUCUGCCAAACGAUGAAACACGUCGCGUGCUCAUAACCACUACACUCAUUAUUGUGCUUAUCACCACCCUUUUCUUCGGUGGUUCUACCAUGCCAUUGCUGAAAUACUUAAAACCUGGCAAGAAACGACGAACACGCUCCGGACGUAAUGCAAAUUCUUCGACUGUAGCUCGUCGAAAUGCUACCCGCUCACGAAAACGUAGCAAAUCCAUAUCGCUUUCGAAAACACGAGAAUGGGGACAAGCGAUAGAUUCCGAGCACUUAUCUGAAUUGACCGAGGAAGAAGAUGUAUCCUUCGCACAAACUCGCGUCGGUGGCUUUGGUCGUAUGGAUCGGAAGUUUUUCAUUCCUUUCUUUACACGUCGGUUCAAUAGCCAGGAACUACACGAGUGCAAAUCACAAAUGGCCGAUCUGACUAAGAAAUGGUAUCAGGCGAUACGUAUCAGUCCGCUUGACUCGGACGAAUCAGAUGAGGAACUGGGCAUGUCGGCUAGCACGAGUCAAAGUACUUUGAGUACGCCUCGUACCUAACUGCUAAAAUAUGUAUGUAUGUAGUUGGCUUACAUAGAUUAGAUUGGCAUUUUGGUGAAGUGAAAUUGAAUAGGAUUUUGAAAACUAUUUUAUUUUUUGUAUAUAAAUACAUAUAUUUAUUUAUAAGACUUAAAUGCGCAUCACCAACAGAUGUAUUAUCCGGAGUGAGAUUUCAAUGAACUUUACAUAUUUGCCAAAGGAAAUCUGGGAUUUUAUGUUAGUAAUCUAAGGAGUCGAACAUUAAUUAUUUCAUUUAUAUUCCUCUUUACAUAUAAUCGCGCAUACAUAUGUAAACGAACGUAAUUUAAUAGCAAUUGAUGCUUCAUGGGUUAUUUCUUUUAAACGUGGUGGUGGUUUAUGUAAUUGUUAAGUUAUAUAUCUUUUAAAGAAAAUACUAGAAACGAAUGAACUGUACUUAGCACAACAAAGGGGGUUUUCUUGCAACUUCAUUGCUUUCUUAACACUUUCAACUACUGAUUCUAAGUUACAAACUGUCCAGUAUUUUAAUAUGUCGCAAAUUGCUGUUCCACAUGCUUUUAGCUAAAGAAUUUUGUAAAAUAUUUAAUAUAAUUACUUUCAGCUUUUAAGACAUGCAUAACAUAGUUAUACAAGUUAAGCUUGAAUUCAGCCAUAUUCAAACUUAAAAACAAAACAAAAAAAAAACAAAUCGUGCCCUUACUUAAGCAAAAGUCCCUAAUAUUUUGUGUCAUUUUCUGCAUAUCAUUUAUGUAUGCGGAAAUAGGAAUAAGUGCAAAGUUCUACGCCAAAGAACGAAACGUAAUGUAUUGUAUGUAUUUACAUAAAUGAAUGUAUUUAAAAACUGUUGUUUUUUUAAUGUUAAGAUAUGUAUAUAUUUUGUGAUUUUUUGCAAUUCAUGUGAAUCGAAAACCAAAAAAGUUUAAUAUACAAUAUUAACUAAUUGCUGUAAAGAUCUAAUCAAUGAAAGUGAAAAUAAAACAAGCAAAUAAAUGUGAUAAACAUUAUCGAAAGAUUU